UAGCAUUGACAGGUAGAGACGUUUUAAAGGCUCCUCUAUGAUUCAUCCUCACUUUGCUCGGGCAGUUUUUGGGUCUUCUGGCGUGUAAAGGAGCGGGUUUCUGGAGGAGAAGUUAAAAAUGUCGAUGCACUUUUACCAAAUGAGCACAAAGCUGCUGGAAGACACUGUGGGGACAGUGCAGGACAACCUGACCUCCGUGGUGCUGGCAGCUUCCUUCAUCACUCUCACUCUGGCUUAUAUCUCUAAACUGCUGGUCAAGGAAUCUUCUGACAAGGAUGAGAAAUAUCCACCUUACAUCCCCUCCAGCAUCCCCUUCCUUGGGCAUGCCAUUGCAUUUGGGAAAAGCCCCAUUGAAUUUCUUGAAAAUGCUUAUGAAAAAUACGGCCCCGUGUUCAGCUUCACCAUGGUGGGGAAAACAUUCACCUACCUGCUGGGCAGCGAAGCAGCAACGCUGAUGUUCAACAGCAAGAACGAUGACCUGAACGCAGAGGACGUUUACUCCAAACUCACCACUCCAGUGUUCGGCAAAGGAGUGGCCUACGACGUGCCGAACCCUAUCUUUCUGGAACAAAAGAAGAUGUUGAAAACUGGACUGAACAUUGCUCAUUUUAAGGAGCACGUGAAGUUAAUCGAGGCAGAGACGAUCGAGUAUUUUCAGAGAUGGGGAGACAGCGGCGAGAGGAACCUGUUUGAGGCUCUGUCGGAGCUGAUCAUCCUGACGGCCAGCACGUGUCUGCAUGGGAAGGAGAUCCGGGGUCUGCUCACUGAGCGGGUGGCCCAGCUCUACGCCGACCUGGACGGAGGAUUCAGCCAUGCCGCCUGGCUCCUGCCCACCUGGCUCCCUCUCCCCAGUUUCAGGAGACGGGACAAAGCUCACAAUGAGAUCAAGAACAUCUUCUACAAGGUGAUCCAGAAACGCAGGAGAUGUGGAGAAAAAGUAGACGACAUCCUCCAGACCCUUAUUGAUGCCACUUACAAAGAUGGUCGGCCCCUGAAUGACGAUGAGAUUGCAGGGAUGCUGAUCGGCCUUCUGCUGGCAGGGCAGCACACGUCGUCCACCACCAGUGCAUGGAUGGGAUUCUUCCUGGCCAGAGACAAAGCUCUGCAGCAGCGAUGCUACGCUGAGCAGAAGGCUGUGUGUGGAGAAGACCUGCCUCCUCUGGACUUUGAUCAGCUGAAAGACCUCAGCUUGUUGGAGCGCUGCCUAAAGGAAACGUUGAGGCUCCGGCCGCCCAUCAUGACCAUGAUGAGGAUGGCUCGCACCACUCAGACGGCUGCAGGUUACACCAUCCCCAUGGGCCACCAGGUGUGUGUGUCCCCGACCGUCAACCAGCGCCUGCGGGACACCUGGGUGGAGAGGAUGGAGUUCCAGCCCGACAGAUACAUCGGAGACAACCCCGCCGCGGGGGAGAAGUUUGCUUACGUGCCGUUCGGAGCCGGCCGUCAUCGCUGCAUCGGAGAAAACUUUGCCUACGUCCAGAUCAAAACAAUCUGGUCCACCAUGCUGCGCAUGUUUGACUUCGACCUGGUGGAUGGAUAUUUUCCCUCAAUCAAUUACACAACCAUGAUUCACACCCCUCACAACCCCAUCAUCAGAUACCGGAGGAAACAGUGAGAGAAGCAAAUGGAAGAGGCGUGAGAAACAAAGACGCAGAGGUGACUUUGUUAGCGUUUGAAGUUCUGACAUCCUGGGACUAGAAUUGAAGAAAAUGUAGAAUAAACACAGUUCGCUCCGAAUGUCAACCCUGUCCUUUUAUCCUGUUUUAUUACGUCUGGAGUUUAGCUAUUUGAACUGCAGCAUCAUUUGUAGGUGUUUCCUAUAUGAAAUACGUGGUUGUCAGGCUGCAGCUUCCUGGCUGACGCUCAUGUUCACAAAGAGGAUUCUUGGAGAAAUAAAUGGAGAUAUACUGUAAUCGAGUGCCUUUUGACUUGCAAGCACAACUGUUGACUGAAUUCAGACUGCGUCUGUCCCAGACUGUUUUACACUUGCAAGAUUUACACCAUAACAUUUGGGUUUUUUAUGUUUUUAACAGUUUUGUGGCAAAUAGCUAGGAUGCAAGCUGUUUCUUUUACUGAAAAAAUACCUCCACUAUCUCCUUUAGAAUCUCUCUGAAAUCUAAAAAAUGUUUACUUUCCUAAGAUCUUCCACUGCAGAUAAUUUGUUAAAAUUGUAAGUAACUUGAUGGAAAAAACAAUUAUAUUGUAACUGGAUGUCGGUAAAGGAAAGAUGGUGUUUUGUAAUCAAAAAUGUAGAAAUUGUUACUAAAUGCAUCAUUAUUUUUUCUUGAGUGAAUUCUUAAACUGUUUUAAUUCGGUCUCUCCUAAAACGGCACCUACGAGUACAUUGUAUACUCCAGAAGCUGUUUUUCAAUUUACUCAGGUUUUGAGACACUUUGCCUGCGAGAUGUUUGAAGUUUAUUCUACAGUAUCAACUAAACUGCUGCAUUUCAGAUGUGAAGUUUGGACGCGUUAAUUCACUGGAUUUGUGACGGUUGCUUGUUUCUGAAAAUAACUUGACUGCUUUACGAUGACAGAUGUAAAUAAAUGUGAUGCAAACAAUUUCAAACCGUAUAUUUGAUUC